GGCAGCGGCAGUGGUGUGUCUGAGAGUGGACAGCAACUGUGGGGUUUGGUAGAAGGAGCAGGGUUCUAGCCUGGUCUGAGAUGUGUUCCUCGCUCCUUUGCAGACUUCAUGAAUGGCCCAGAAAGUGUGGAUUGAGCGGACCUUUCAGAAGAGGGAGUGCAUUUACAUAUUGCCCAGCAGCAAAGAACCCACCAAAUGCAGUUGUGGUCAGCUGCUGAGUCAACAUACGGCUAUUCCUGCAGCCGCCGCCAAUAACAGCGCAGAGGAGGGUCAGGUCGAGCCUCCACAGGAGAGAUGGUCUGUUGUGAAGCACACACAGCUCAUGUCCACCGAUGCCUUUGGUAUCAUCGAAUUUCAGGGAGGAGGGCAUGCCAACAAGGCCAUGUACAUCCGUGUGUCUUAUGACACUAAGCCUGAUAACCUGCUACAUCUGAUGGUAAAAGACUGGCAGCUGGAGUUGCCCACUCUGCUCAUCUCAGUGCAUGGUGGCCUUCAAAACUUCGACCUGCAGCCCAAACUCAAGCAAGUGUUUGGGAAAGGCCUGAUCAAAGCUGCGGUCACCACUGGAGCUUGGAUUUUCACAGGAGGAGUCAGCACUGGAGUGAUCCGCCAUGUAGGAGAUGCUCUAAAAGAUCAUUCCUCAAAGUCGCGUGGUAGAGUCUGCGCCAUUGGGAUUGCACCCUGGGGUAUUGUGGAAAAUAAAGAGGACCUUAUUGGUCGAGAUGUGAGUCGGCCAUACCAAACCAUGUCCAACCCUCUCAGCAAGCUCUCAGUGCUUAAUAGCAGCCACUCUCAUUUUAUCCUGGCUGACAAUGGCACUCACGGCAAGUACGGUGCUGAGGUCCGCCUCCGCCGACAGUUGGAGAAACACAUCUCCCUGCAGAAAAUCAAUACACGUCUGGGCCAAGGAGUACCUUUGGUGUGUCUGAUUCUGGAAGGGGGACCCAAUGUCAUCACCAUUGUGCUGGAGAGCCUCAGAGAAGAUCCUCCUGUGCCGGUUGUGGUGUGUGAUGGCAGCGGCCGAGCUUCGGACAUCAUCUCAUUCGCCCAUAAAUAUGCAGAAGAAGAUGGCCUGGUCAAUGAGAGUGUUCGAGACCAGCUUCUGGUGACUAUUCAGAAAACCUUCAACUAUAACCGUAAUCAGGCUCAGCAGAUCUUCCUCAUGGUGAUGGAGUGCAUGAAGAAGAGAGAAUUGAUCACAGUGUUCCGAAUGGGCUCUGAGGGACAGCAGGACAUUGAGAUGGCCAUCUUAACUGCUCUGCUCAAAGGUACAAAUGCUUCAGCCCCAGACCAGCUAAGUCUGGCCUUGGCUUGGAACCGUGUGGACAUUGCUCGGAGCCAGAUUUUUGUUCAUGGCCAGCAUUGGCCUCCUGCUGGUUCUUUACCCACUUCGGGUGCCCCACCACAAGAUAGGCCCAAAAGCCCAUCAGGAACCCGCGCCAGCAAGAGCAAAGCAGCUCGGGCCAAGAAGGGCAGAAGAGGAAAACCUAAACCUGAACCACCUGAGGAGACGGACCCCCGGAAACUAGAGCUGCUCAACUGGGUGAACUCCCUGGAGCAAGCAAUGAUGGAUGCAUUAGUGCUGGACAGGGUGGACUUUGUGAAGCUCCUCCUCGAGAAUGGUGUUAACAUUCACCACUUCCUCACCAUUCCACGUUUGGAGGAGCUCUAUAACACAAGACUGGGGCCAACUAACACACUGCAUUUUGUGGUCAGAGAUGUUAAAAAGGGAAAUCUCCCUCCAGAUUACCAGAUCACCCUAAUUGACAUUGGACUGGUUCUGGAGUUUCUCAUGGGUGGAGCAUAUCGUUGUAACUAUACCAGGAAGAGCUUUCGUACCCUCUACAAUAACCUGUAUGGCCUAAAAAGACCCAAAGCUCUCAAACUUCUGGGCAUGGAGGAUGAUGACCCACGGCCUAAAGGCAAAAAAAAGAAGAAGAAGAAAGAGGAGGAGAUCGAUAUUGAUGUGGAUGAUCCAGAGGUCAGCCGCUUCCAGUACCCCUUUCACGAGUUGAUGGUGUGGGCCGUGCUGAUGAAGCGUCAGAAGAUGGCACUCUUUCUGUGGCAGCGGGGUGAAGAGGCCAUGGCCAAAGCGUUGGUGGCCUGCAAGCUGUACAAGGCGAUGGCCCACGAAUCUUCCCAAAGCGAGCUGGUGGACGAUAUUUCUCAGGACUUGGACAACAAUUCAAAGGAGUUUGGCCAGUUAGCAUAUGAGCUGUUGGAUCAGUCCUAUAAGCAUGAUGAGCAGGUAGCCAUGAAGCUGUUAACCUACGAACUGAAGAACUGGAGUAACUCCACAUGCUUAAAGCUGGCUGUGGCUGCCAAACACAGAGACUUCAUUGCUCACACCUGCAGCCAAAUGUUACUCACUGACAUGUGGAUGGGCUGCCUGAGAAUGGGCAAGAGCAGUGGCCUAAAGGUGAUUCUGGGCAUCAUAUUUCCUCCUGCCAUUCUUCUGCUGGACUUUCGGAUAGGGGAUGACAUGUCUUACCAUGGCUCCAAAGAAACAGAGGAGGCAAAAGAAAAGGAGGAAGAUACCAAAUCCAGCAAGGAUGGAGCUGUGAACACGGAUGGAACAUCCAAGAAAGGCGAUGAAGAGGAUACCAAAAAGAAGCACAAAAGAGUUCCUGUUGGGAGGAAGAUUUAUUAUUUCUAUAAUGCCCCAUUUACCAAGUUCUGGUUCAAUACGAUUGCUUACCUUGUGUACCUCAUGCUGUAUAAUUACAUCAUCCUGGUGAAAAUGGAGCGAUGGCCAUCACUGCAGGAGUGGAUCGUCAUCUCUUACAUAAUCACUUUGGGACUGGAGAAAGUUAGACAGAUCCUCAUGUCCGAGCCAGGGAAGCUGAAACAGAAGAUCAACGUGUGGCUAGAAGAGUACUGGAACAUCACUGACCUGGUUGCCAUUACCACGUUCCUUUUGGGCCUGCUGCUUCGGCUACAGAAUGAGCCUUACAUGGGCUACGGGCGGGUCAUCUACUGUGUGGACAUCAUCUUCUGGUACAUCCGGGUCCUUGAUAUCUUCGGAGUGAACAAGUACUUAGGACCAUACGUCAUGAUGAUUGGCAAAAUGAUGAUUGACAUGCUGUACUUUGUGGUGAUCAUGCUGGUGGUGCUGAUGAGUUUUGGCGUAGCACGACAGGCCAUCCUGCAUCCAGAUGAGGAGCCGACUUGGCGUCUGGCCAGGAACAUCUUCUACAUGCCCUACUGGAUGAUCUAUGGAGAGGUGUUUGCAGACUCGAUAGACCUCUAUGCAAUGGAGAUCAACCCGCCCUGUGGUGAGAAUAUGUACGAUGAGGAUGGAAAGAAACUGCCACCAUGUAUCCCUGGAGCUUGGCUAACACCUGCCAUCAUGGCCUGCUACCUGCUGGUAGCCAAUAUCCUACUGGUUAAUCUGCUCAUCGCUGUAUUUAACAACACAUUCUUUGAGGUGAAGUCCAUCUCGAACCAGGUGUGGAAGUUCCAGCGCUAUCAGCUCAUCAUGACUUUCCAUGACCGACCAGUUCUUCCUCCUCCCCUCAUCAUCUUCAGCCACAUCUACAUUGUGUUGAAGCGCUUGUGCUGCCGCUGUAAGAAAAAGAAAAAGGAAGGGGAGCUGGAUGAAAGAGACCGCGGCCUCAAACUGAUUCUGAGUCCUGAUGAGCUGAAGAACCUGUACGAGUUUGAAGAGCAGUGUGUGGAGGAGUACUUCAGAGAGAAGGAGGACGAGGAGCAGUCGUCCAACGAUGAACGCAUCCGAGUCACUUCAGAAAGGGUGGAGAACAUGUCUAUGCGUCUGGAGGAAGUCAAUGAAAGGGAGCACACCAUGAAGGCCUCUCUGCAGACAGUGGACCUGCGUUUGGGUCAGUUAGAGGAGUUCUCUGGCCGUAUGAUGCGUGCCUUGGAGCGCCUGGCUGGAAUUGAACGCUCUGACCUGGUUCGGACACGUUCUGGUGGCUCGAACAUGGGUGAUUGCUUCCUGCACCGCCAAAGCAGCAUCAACAGCAACGAUGGCUACAGCUUAUACCGCUUUCACUUGGAUGCGGAGGAGCGCGCAGCUUCAGAGGAGGUCAUGGGUGAGCACCUAGGACAGGGCAGUCUUGAAAGGCACGGCAGCCUGUGUGGAACUGAGCCCCUGCUGCCUCCACAGGUCCAGUGUUUUGGUACCACUCUGAAUGUGCAUCCCCUACAGCAAAGGAGGCGCUCUACCUCGAGUGUGGAUAUCCUCAUCUCUCCCUGCAAUCCACAGGAGGAGGGGCAGGAUUCUCGAGGCCCAAGACUGACCUCCGUUCACCCGCCAAAAGAUCCACAUUCCCUGCUGGAUGCAGCACUGGAGCGAGCCGGCGUCAUGGUAGGGAAGACAAGGCUGGAGACAGUGGUUUCCUAUCCUCUGGAGCGGGCCCAGUCACUUCGGCAGUAUCCCACGGGGGCGGUUAGAAAUUCACUUUCACCAGAAAGUAGGGCCUGGAGCACCAUGGUCUAUUCUCCAGUGGGACAGCCAAGACUAAGAAUAGAAGGGGACACCUGGGCAUCAGAACCCUGCAGCUUACAGGAUCAGGUGAGCAGGUCACCAACGACUGGUCGUUGGACGCCUCGCUUUGAAUACAAAGUUCAUCCCUGCCUGUUUGGACACGUGCCCAGAGUAUCUGCAGAGAAGCAUUCUGAAGUAACGCCAGGGUCAGGGGGAAGAGAGGACAAAGAGGAUGGACGAGGAAGAGAGGUGAUUCAAACAGAAGAGAAGGAAGUGGCAGACACAGAUCACUUGUUAGUAGCUGAAAACAGAAUGUACCCGGCGCUCAGAUCUAAGAGUCUGAAUACUAACCCUCGGAAGAUGAAGGCCCUAGGAGACAGCCUGGAAAAGCCUCGAACAGCCUGCAGCGUAAAGGACCUUGUGGGAGCUUUUGAGGUUAAUGCAAAUGACCAUCAACCUUCUGCAGAGACAACAACUUCACAAACUUGACUCUGAGCCACAGUGAACGACAUCCCACAAGGAGAAAUAUCAUUUACUGAAUUUUAGAACUUUAUAGUUUGUGAGAACAAACUUUGGGCCUAACAUGGAACAUAAGUGAAGGUUAAGUUUCCUUCCCAUACAGUCUUAGCUCACAUGUAUUAC